UGUAUAUUCUAAAAAUAAAGAGAGGAUGGUUUUACAUGAAAUAUAAAUGAAAGAGAGUGUGCUAUUCAUCAUAUGUGGAGAAGAAUGAAUUUUACACGUUAAGAAGCUUUUUGUAAAAUAAAAAAAUAAAAAUAAGUCAUAAUAAAAAAAACGGAGUCGGGUCAACCUAAUUUUGUGUUCCGGUGAAUAAUAAGGCUUUUUCAUUAUCUAUCUAUCUAUCUAUCUAUCUAUCGCCUUCAGUCACUAUGCAUAAUUGAAUCACUUUAACUUUCCUGUUCAGCAUGUAUCUAUUUUAUAAUGCAGAUUUGUUUGGUUUUUUUCCUCAAAGUUUUUUCAGGGUAACUUCUCAAACUCCGUAGAGUUCACAAAAACUUUUAAAAAAAUGUCUAAAAAUUUUAAAAAAAUGUUGACCGAAGUUCUGGUAAAAUUCGUGGUACAGCAAACAAACUAGUUAAUUAAAGAAAGGUACGUUCAAUUAGCCUGGGGUUAAUGUCGUUUUUAAUAAAAUCAUUAUUAUUAUUAUUAUUAUUAUUAAAUAGACACGCAGAUGCAGGUAAGGUUUUUGACAUUUCUAAUCUGAGUUGCAUAUAACACUAUAUAAACGUCUUAUUACACAAAGCAUUUAUGAAAUAUUCAGUUUUUACAGAAUUUGCAUGUAUUAAACUUAAAAGCACUGAACAAAAUCUGCCCCUCAGCCCGCCUUUUUUCAAUAUUUUAUAAAAAGUAAAUAAAAGUUAACCUUUGUUUGACCUCUGCUGCAGUCGCCAUAGGUAAAUCACGCGCAUUACAACUACGGCUUCGAAUUAUGAAUGAAUUUGCGGAAAAAAAAAAAAAGAAACUGCCCGCGAACCCCGAAUAGCCCGCCUUCCACACUCGACUUCUCAUUGGCCAGAUGGGCACGCUUACCACAGCAACAGGUUACCUCACCAGCGAUAGCCCCGCCCCUACUCCGCCUUUGGAACGCAGAGCCACCGCAGGGGGGCGGCCUCUGAUUGGUUGGACGGAGAGUUGUCAACAAAAAAAAUGUGUUUGUUCUCGUGCGUUUUCUGGGCGCAAAAUUCAAACGAAGAAAUAGAAUGAAAAUCAAAAAUACAGUAACGGUCGGUUACGUUAAUAUAACUGUGGUUUAUUUAGUAGUUUAUUAGCUUGAAAGAACGGAACCAAAAAAAAAAAAAAAAAAAAAACUUUUAUCGAAGGUGAAAAAAUAAUUAUAAUAAUCUUAUUAACCAGGCACGUUUAAUUCCUGUUACGUUUUUUUAAAAUAUUUUUUUCUCUCAGUUUUACACAAACCGUGGGAGUUUUUAACACUAAGACUGAUAAUAUUAAUGAUAAUAAAAUAAAAACUACAGAAAAUGUUGGUCGAGGCACAAGCCGGUAACCGGUUGACUACAGCGGCAGCAAAAGGUGACCUAACCGAACUGAAAACUCUGCUACGCGGGAAAGAAGUCCACCCAGACACCGCGAAUGAAUUCGGGAAAACGGCGCUGCAGGUCAUGAUGUUUGGAAACUGCAGUGUAGCCCGUGAGCUUUUAAAACACGGCGCCAGCGCCAACGUCCAGGACGGGCUGGGUAUCUCCCCGGCUCACGACGCGGCGAGAACCGGCUUCGUGGACACCCUGCGGGUCCUGGUGGAGUACGGGGCCAGCGUUAACACCGCAGACAGCUUCGGCGCCCUCCCCGUCCACAUCGCCGUCAGCGAGGGCCACGUCGAGGUGGUGCGCUUCCUGGCCCCCAGAUCCGACCUGCGGCAAACCGACAAGCGCGGAGAAUCGGCUCUGGACCGGGCCAGGGCUUCGAACCACUCCGGUAUCGUGGAAAUCCUGGAACGGCAACUGGAAUCCGACCAGAACUCGAGUCAACAGUGAUCCAACAGCACCAUUAAUCUGUGACAAACAAAACACCACCCAGAACUUCACAGACACCUGCCAUAAAACAAGACAUCCGAUUUAGAGGGACAGAGCUGGCUUUUAGGAUGUAUUUCUCGGGUUAGCACCGGGCUUCUCAAACUCGGACCUGCGGACCCGCUCCCUGUGUCGGCUGCUUUUCAUUCCAACUCAAUCACCUAACUAAAAUCUGAACCCAUAAUCUGCUUAAUUAGACCUUUUUAAUUGUUCUCAGCUCCGAAAAAGAUGCAGAUUUAAAAUGCUCCGGCAAACUUGAAACCCGCAGCUGUUUAAGAGCGGAGAGCAAUUAAAAAGGUCUAAUUAAGCACAGGAUCAGUUCAGUGAAGGGUCUGGUUCAGUAAUGGAGAGCUGGGUUGAAAUGAAAAGCAGCAGCCCUGCGAAGUUAAAGCCAUUUAUAUCAGAAGGAUUAUUUAAACACAAUGGUUUGAGAUAUCUGCACAUGCUUCUCGGUGUAUUUCAAGAUAUAAUGAAACGUGUAUUUAAAUGUAUUUACAGCCUUGCAACUUGCACAGUGUUUGUUUGGUUGUGUUUUGUUUGCAAGUCUUUUUUAAAUUGUACAUACAGACAGUACAGGGUGAUUAAAUGCUUUAUUAUUACGAGCGUUGUAUUUAUAAUGCCGUUGUAUGAAUUGUUGUGUGGAUUUGAGAUUCAAUAAAUUAUUUAAUAUUUGCUGUAUAAAAAGAACAAGCAGUUGCGUUUCAUUUUAUUUGUAAGGGUCUAUUUAAUUAUAGAGAGAGAGAGAGAGAGAAAUCAUUUCAGAAGAUUGUUAUAGUAUUUAUUUUGUACUAUUUGCAUAUCACACUUCAAUUGCAAACGGGGCGGGGCGGGUGAUUAGCUUUGGGGAAUGUAAACAAACUGGUAUAUAAAUAACAUCUUCCUUUUCAUAAACCUGAACACA